CAAUAGUUUGUGCUGAAUGGCUGGAGCUCAGACUCCAGAGGUGGAGAUCUGACUCUGUUGCGCUCCAGAUGUUUCAAAACGCCGACACUUUUAACAACCAGCUGAAAGUGCAACACGACAGAAACAUGAGGCAACACUGCGCGCUCAAACACGGAAUAUUCAAGGAGUUCCUGGCUGAAUUCCUGGGAACGUUCGUCUUGGUACUGUUUGGCUGCGGCUCAGUUGCUCAGACGGUCCUGAGUCGAAACACGCUGGGCGAGCCGCUCACCGUCCACAUCGGCUUCUCCGUGGGCCUCAUGAUGGCCGUGUACGUGGCUGGAGGGGUGUCAGGAGGCCAUGUGAACCCCGCCGUGUCUCUGGCCAUGGUGAUUCUGGGGAAACUAAAGAUCUGGAAGUUUCCCUUCUACGUCAUCGCUCAGUUUCUUGGUGCUUUUGCAGGAGCUGCAGCCAUCUUUGGAUUAUAUUAUGACGCUUUCAUGGACUUCACCAGCGGUAUUCUGUCGGUGACAGGAAUCAAUGCGACAGGUCACAUUUUUGCCUCCUACCCUGCCAGACACCUGUCAGUCCUUGGCGGCUUCAUCGAUCAGGUGGUGGGGACAGGUAUGCUGGUUCUCUGUAUUUUGGCGAUCAUUGACGGUGGGAACAUUGGCGCCCCUAAAGGCGUGGAGCCGCUGGCCAUCGGUCUGAUCAUCAUGGCCAUCGGCGUCUCCAUGGGGCUCAACUGUGGCUACCCUCUGAACCCCGCCAGAGACCUGGGACCCCGGCUGUUCACGGCGGUGGCCGGGUGGGGGAUGGAGGUCUUCAGCACUGGAGGCUACUGGUGGUGGAUCCCAGUGGCGGGGCCCAUGGUGGGAGGCGUGGUGGCGGCCGUCCUCUACUUCCUGCUCAUCGAGCUCCACCACCCCCAUGACAAGGAUGAGAAGGCCCACGAGGUGGAGGAAGAGGAGGAGGAAGAAGAGGAGGACGACGAUGACAGCAGUCUUAAGGACAAAUACGAGAUGAUCGCCAUGAGCUAAAACAUUCAGCGCAGCAGUCAUGACAGAGCUUCUGCAGUUCCUGCCUGGGAAUAGUACGGAGCUAAACUGGAGCCAUAAAGUUUGCUCAAUUUAACUUUUUUUU